CUACCCCCCCNCCCCCCCCCCAACCACUGUUCCCAUGACCUGGCUACAUUUCCAUCAUCCUAAUCAACCUUUGUUCUUGCAGCUUGCAGCUGAUUUGACUCUUAAGUCCGUUCACUUGCUCAUAGAUACUGAAGAUGGCAUCGUCAAUAACCCUGCUGAUGUGUUAAACACCACUGAAUCGCUUGAGGCGCUGCAGACGGACGAGCAGCGACAUGUCCUUGAUAUUGUUGCCCAACUUCGCAAAUGCGGACUGGACAGCGUGCUGUCACUGCCUCAACUGGUCGUCUGUGGCGAUCGGUCAUCUGGAAAAAGCUCAGUCCUGGAAGCAUUGACAGAAAUCCCCUUCCCAAGAAACGACAACCUUUGCACACGGUUCGCUACGGAGAUCAUCCUUCGUCGUGCAUCGACCGAUGAGCUCACCGUUAGAGUGAUUCCAGACUCAGAACGGCCACAGCAUGAACAAGACAAGAUCAAGAACUUCAGCGAGUCUAUCACCCACUUGGGCGAACUACCGGCGCUGAUGGAAAAAGCAACAAAACUGAUCGGCCUAGAUAAGAUUGGCCACGCCUUUUCGAAAGAUAUUCUCAGCAUCGAGAUCGAGGGUCCAAAACGCCCUCAGCUGACUCUGGUCGACCUGCCGGGCAUCAUCCAGGCCGAGACCAAGGACGCCUCCAAGGAAGAUGUGGAAUUAGUCUCCGAGAUCACCGAACAUUAUAUUUCCCAAUCAUGCACAAUCUGCUUGGCUGUGGUCUCUGCGACAAACGACUAUGCCAACCAGCCGAUCCUCACCAAGGUCCGACGUUUUGAUCCCAAAGGAGAACGCACCCUGGGAAUCAUCACCAAGCUGGACCUCGUUCCCCGGGGGUCCGGAACAGAGAGCGCCUUCCUGAGCCUGGCCAAAAACGAAGACAUCUUCUUCAAACUGGGCUGGCAUGUGGUUAAGAAUCGAAGUUUUGAAGAGUCAUCCUACUCGUUGCUGGAACGCAAUGCCUCCGAGGCCGCUCUCUUCCGCAAACCCAAUUUCAGCACCCUGCCUCCUGAGUCGAUGGGCAUCCAUAACCUUACCAGCCGACUCAGCCAGCUUCUCUUUGCACACGUACAGCAGGAGCUCCCAAAAUUGCAGGAGGAUUUGGAGACUGCUUUGGUGGAGGCAAAAACAGAGCUGUCUGCCAUGGGGAUUUUUCGCGCAGCUGUCAGCGGUUACUACGAAGGUGACUACUUCAAUAAUGUCCGUGACCGAGACUUCUCGAUCUCAUGUCCGGUACCAUCUCGACGACUCCGCGCAGUGGUACGAUACAUGAACCAGACAUUUGUUGAUCAUCAUCGCCAGAAAGGCUACAAAUUCCACAUUGAGUGGUUUGAAGACCAGGAGAAGUUGGAAAGCGACGAAGCCGACGACGAAAUCGAUGGCGAAACCGAAGACCCGUCAGAUGAAAUGACUGAUCCGGGCGAAGAGUCUCAGGAGCAGAAGGCUCCCGAUUCUCAGUCUAUGGAUUUGAAUUCACCUCAAAGAAUGUCGAACAAGGAGGCAUUAGACUGGGUUAGCAAAGUCAUGCUGAGAACCAGAGGAAGGGAGCUUGCCGGAAAUUUCAAUCCACGCGUGAUCGGAGAACUCUUCUGGGAACAGUCGUCCAAGUGGCAGCGGUUUGCAAUGGCGCACAUAGACCAAGUGGCUGAUGCCUGCCGUCUGUUCCUCGCCGAUCUCCUGAAGGAGAAGUCUGCCAGUGAUAUCUACUCCCGGAUCUGGUCUCAGAUCCAGAAUGAUCUCAAGUUGAGGUACAAGGGUGCGACGGAUGAACCCAAACGCAACAUGGAAGACAUUAAGAGCUAUCCCGUCAACUACAACCAUUAUUACACUGACAUAAUUAAAAGCCGUCGCCGCAUGAGAGAAAAGGGUGAACUAGCCGAGUGCAUUGAGGCUGCCACUCGCUAUGACCAUCUUUCUGGAUGCCAAUCCGAUCACACGUCAGCGAGUGUCGAUGUUGAUAUGGCGAUGAGGCUAUUCUCACAACGCACGGAUCCAGACAUGGAAAAACACAGCUGCGAGGAAGUUCUGGACUGCCUCUAUGCAAUUUACAAGGUCAGCCAGAAAGUGUUUGUCGCCAACAUCACCACACAAGUCAUUGAACGACACAUCGUGCGUGGCCUGGAGAACAUCUUCUCGCCUGUGGUCGUCAACAGGAUGUUGGAUUCGGAAGUGCAGGCUCUUGCCUCCGAGCCUACUUCGGCGAAGAGGCGCAGGGAAUUUGUAAAGGACCGAGUCGCAAAGCUGGAAGAUGGUCGUAACAUACUCCGGGAUGUGAUGAGACACGCAGUGGCGUGA